GCCAUCCUCAUGGGAUGCGCAUUUGCGUGGAUCUUGGCAUCAAGCCCCGGUCCGUCUCCUGCACAGCUCUCCUCUCCGCUCUCCUCGACAAGGCCAUUGCAAAGGCCCGAGAGGAGCCAGAUCUCGUGGCCGUCCGGCGCAUGGAAGCGCUCUUGGCCUGGCAGGUGAACCUGGGCCCGAAGUCUGCUGCGGCGGAGCUCGGGGUUUUGCCACUCCUAGAGCCGAUGCUCCACGAGUUGACCGAAUGCCUUCAAGGCACGCGGCAGCUCCAACAGGGGCUGGAGUCGGCUGUGACAGGCGGGACAAUGCUCUCCGCGCCCGAGGUGCUUUGGCGAGCGAUUGUCAACGGGGAUGUGGCAUCUGUCGAGGCCAUCAUUCGACAGGGAGGCCUGGUUUCGGGUCGCACGCAGGACCCUAGCGGACAUUCCGUGCUGUGGAAUGCAGUAGCCUUUCAGCGGCCUGAGGUGGCCAUCCUUCUCUUGCGCUUCUUUCCCCCCGACAUGUUGCAUGGUGUGGCACUGGGCGAGCUCCACCAGAGGAAUGGCAAUUCACUCCUCCACUUGGUCAGCAGCUUUCAGCAGUUCGACUCUCAGUCGGAGGGGCUUUUUGCGAUGCUCUUCGAACGAAUGCCUGAG